AUGGACCUUCGUCUGACACUCCUGUUGAUCUGUCUCUACAGCCAAGGAGUCACUAAUGCUGAGGUGGCAGAAAAUGACUCAAUCCCUUUGGUGCCACUCAUUCCUUUGAUGCCCAGCCACCCCAGAGAGCCAGACCUCCAGACCCCCAUAGAUUUGAAAGUAGAAAAUGAAAGUGCAGUACCACCAGGAACUACACAUACCCCAGAAUCACCUCUAAUCAACGGGAACUCAUCAGAGGAAAAACAAGUUUGUAUGUCUGUACAGGCCAGGGAGGCCAUCGCUGCGGCCAUUCAGAAACUGGGUGUGCAGCUUCUGCAGAACCUGGAGACAACGCCAGAGCAGCCAAACGUCAUCAUAUCUCCUUUGAGCAUAUCAUUAGCACUCUCCCAACUGGCUUUAGGUGCAGUAAAUGAGACAGAGAAGCUGCUGAUGCAUCAUCUCUUUGUAAACACUCUCUCCUGCUAUCACGAGUCUCUGCAUAGUAUCUUAGGGAAGCUCAGAAACAGCGACCUGCAAAUUGCCACACGUAUUUUCCUGCGCCAAGGGUUUGAGCCAAAGCAAGACUUUGUCCAUGAAUCCCAGCGCUUAUAUGACUCAGUACCAGCAGUCUUGGAGAGCCUGCAGCAGAUAAAUGACUGGGUAGAAAAUGCAACAAAAGGAAAGAUGACUGGCUUCCUGUCUUCUUUACCACCCAAUCUGCUCCUCAUGCUCAUUAAUGCUGUUCAUUUCAAAGGAGAGUGGAAAGCUCGAUUUGACCCGCGCUUUUCCUCUCGAGGUGUGUUCUAUCUUGACGACAAGCACAUGGUUGACGUUGAAGUGAUGGAAGAUGCCAAACAUCCCCUGAGUUUAAUAACUGAUAAUGAACUGGAGGCUCAGGUAGCACGAUUUCCAUUCCAGAAGUCCAAGAGCUUGUUGGUGGUCAUGCCUCAGUCCGGCCAGGUGAAUGUGUCUUCACUUUCCACAAAGCUGAAUAUCUCCGACUUGUAUCAUCGUCUGCCCAAGGAGAGAGCUGUUCAAGUUAAAGUCCCCAAGUUUAAACUGGAGUAUGCUCAAGACCUACAGGAGGUUUUUACCAAAUUGGGCCUCGGAGGGAUGUUUUCCAGUCCCAACUUGACUGGGAUUGCAGACGGCCCCCUGCUGGUCUCCAGUGUGAUGCAUAAGUCCUGCAUGGAGAUAAAUGAGGAGGGUGCAGAGGCUGCAGCAGCCACCACUGUGGUCAUCUCACGGGCAUCUAACCCUGUUUUCCACCUCAGCCAACCUUUCUUGUUUGCCCUUAUGGAUGAUAUGACUCAAGUACCAAUUUUCAUGGGUGUCAUUAACAACCCAAAUCCUGGAGCUCCUAUUUUGCAGAGAGGAGAAUUCGGGAGCAAAGAUAAAGUGGUAUUCCCAAUUGAUAAGAAUCAUGUUGGCUCAUUUGGAGGCCCACCUAAGUAG